UCCCCAAAGGAUCUCACGCUGGAUCCACCGCCCCCCCUGGGCCUGGCCGGCCUGAAGUACCUGCCCUCACGGCUGAAGGUGGACCUGGAGACCACCAGCCUGGUCCUCUCCAUGAACAGCCAGAAGAGGCACCUCACCUGGACCCUGAAGCUGCUGCGCUUCGCCCACCAGUGCGACGAGGAGCAAAUCCCCCUGCGGAGCUUCACCCCCACCUGCGACCUGCCCCAGAUGAGCCUCGAGCUGGUGCUGGAAGACGGGCUGCUGCUGUCGCAAAGCCGCCAACGCAUCGUGUGCCUCAACCUGCUGAAGGCCAGCCUGCAGGUCAUGGCCAUUGACAUCUCCGUGGCCGUCAUGGUCAGCACCUGCAUUGUCCACUACCGGCACCAAGAGUUCUCCCACUGGGUGGGCCUGCUGGCCUCGGCGGAGCAGGGAGCCCCCGGCUGGGCCCUCUUGGCCAGGGGCCCCGGCGGCAGGAUGCCGCAGAUCCUGGCCACCAUCAUCCUCAGCGCUUCGGUGUCCAACGUCAGCCUCUCCGUGCAGCUGGGAGACACCCCACCCUUCGCCCUGGGCUUCAACUCCAUCUCCAUGG